AUGGGAUGCAUCAAAUCCAAGCAUGCCUUUCCAGGUUCAAACGCUAUCCAGGAUGAAAGGAUCACGGAAAGCAACGCAGGGUGCGCUGGGGAGAAGUCAUCACUGAUAGCAGCCAAGGCGGAUGAGAGAGGUCCGUCAAGCACCAUCGUGCUAGACUACGCACACCGGCUCUCCCGCGAGAUCCUUGAUCAGGCGGUGAAACAGUGGGCGGUGACUGAAAGCAAGUACAGCGACAUCCCUUACAUCGAGAGCGACGUGCCCUGA